UUUCAUUUAUCAUUAAGGAUAUAUUCAAUUACUUUGCUUAUUUUUUCUCCAGUGAAAUGCCUUUCUACUUUUGUAGUCCAACAUCAGAGCUUUCAGAGCUUAAACUUUUGCAGGUCUGAAUUUUUUAAUAAAAAAUUUGAUGACUGAAAAUGCUUGAAUCUACAGUGUGGCCCUGUAGAAUAGCAAACUGUAAAAGAUACUUGGACAUGGUUUUUCUCAUUUUUCUGGAUGAUUUGUCUUUAUAAAAAUCUAUUUCACUCUCAAUUAAGGCAAAUAAAUCACAACUGAUUGGAAAAAUCACAUCUAGUGGAAUAUAUAUAUAAGAGAUAUAUAUAUAAGGAACAAGGGGGUCGCUGGGUAGGAUAUUCAUAAUUUUGAGAGAAGGACACAACCAUUGCAAGGGACUCUCUCUCUCUCUCGCUGUACGUGGGAGGGCUCCGUUCAUACUUCCACGACUGUACAUACAUACGUUGAUUAAUUGACCAAUAUUUGCGAUCAAUAUCGAAAAAUGUCAAAGCCUAAAAAAGCGGAGGAAGAGGACAAGGAAAUGGAGAAACCUGUAGUUGCUAAAACAAUUGUUGACGUCCAGAGGUUAAAACUGAUGAAGUUGAUGAAAAAUCCUGACAGGCCGGUUUUGCUCCCAGAGCGACCAAAGUCCAAAACGACUCCAUCAGUUCCCGAAUUCGUGCGAAAUGUUAUGGGCAGCAGUGCUGGUGCUGGAAGUGGAGAGUUUCAUGUUUACAGGCAUCUCAGGAGGAAGGAGUAUGCUAGACAGAAGUUUAUUCAGGAAAAGAGCAAAAAGGAACUUCUUGAUGAAGAGUAUCAGAAAAAAAUUGAGGAGAAUAAGAAGAAAGCUGAGGAGUUGACAGCUAAGAGGAGAGCAAAGAGAUUGCAAAAGAAGCAGAAGCAGAAGCAACAGAAGAGACAGAAAAUCACGAAAAGAGGUGAUGAAAGUGAUAAAAACGAGGCUUUGAGUGAUCAAGCUGAUGAGAGUGACGAGGACAAUUUAUCUCCGCCAUCUCGAGACCAACAACUGCCGUCGGACGAAAAAGACGAAGAAGAGCAGGAAAAUAACACAAACACUACAGAAAACAUUAGAAAUUUUCCCAAAUCCACAGAAGAAUUGCCAAAUCGUGAAUGUUCCUUACAUAAACCAGAUGAAACUGAAACAAAAAAUAAUUCAAGUGAUGCAAAAACGCCAGAUUAACAUUUUCCAAUGUUUAUUUAAAUAUAGUUAAAUACAACAUGGCAUUAAUUAUUUAAUCAAUUGAAUAAAAAUGUUUUAUUACAAUAGUAAUAUGACAAUUUCUCAAUUGUAUCCAAAACUAUUGACUCUACAGAAAAAUGUCAAAAGGCAUUUUUUGUUACUGACAAAAUUUUCAAAUAAAAAAGCCCUCUUCAAAAAUCCUUUAGUCUGUUUAUCCAUCGUUUAUCCAUUAUAACUGUACAAAUGUAGCUGGCAAUGAAAAAAAUUAAAAAUUAAUGAAAUAAAAAGACAAUCAUUUAA